AGCACCGAUGCCCUCCGCCGAUAGAGUACGAUAGCGGGCUCGCUGAUCGCGCCAAGGAGACAAUUAGGAUUUGGACUCGAAAAAAUCUGUUCGCCGGGUGUGCGUUUGUGGAGUGGGAGCGAAGACACGUUGUGGGCUGUGCAGAGCGGACGCGCGAUGGGAGACGGGCUGUAUCAUCCACUCUAUUGUUGCACCGGCCGCACGGGAUGGCAUGGCAGACCUGGCAACUAGUGAACCGACACCCGGGAGUUGGUACGACGCCCGUCCGAGGACAGUACAUACUUGAUGUGAUCCUCCUUGAUACGCUGAUACAGAUGAUCCCAAUCUGACAGCAGCUUGUUCGAAGCGGAGGGCAGAGGACGCCGGAGCGGGCGCAUGAGCAAUGUGCGGCCCUCGCCCGGCGGUGGCCCGCGGACGGCAUACCGGACGUGUCGUUAUCGCAUCAGACGGGCGUAAGCGAGCAGAAGGGCGCGAGAGAGACAGAAAGACGUGCAGAGCCCAUCGAUGCGGCAGCGGCCAACUUUCGAUGCGGCCUGAGCGCAUUUGCAGUGGAGGACCCAAGCGUCGAGCGCGCGCGGCAUCGAAGAGGCGUUCACGUGUGCGGUGGGGCGAAGGCGGGGUCAGCUGGGGGGGUGGGGUGAAGUGUUCUCGCCGUCGCGCGCGCUGGGCGUCGGAGGCUGCAUGGAUUGAGAACAAGGUCAGCCUUCGCGGGGCGCGGGGUGCGAGCGAGGAGCUCGGUGCGGACGGGAUGUGCGAUCCGGGGUCGAGCAGGGCGAUUCUCCGCUGGGCGCUCCAGGGGCCGCAUCCGAGGUUUCUUCGCUCGCAGCCGCGUUUCACGACGAUCGUUAUGGCGACGCGGGGAAAACAUAACGCAUGCCCUGGCGACGAUUGCAUCGAUGGAUGGCCGGGACCGGCAGGCUGGGCGUCGGAGGAGCUGAGGCAGAUGGCCUUGGCUGGCAAUGCGUGGCAAUGCAUGGCUGGCAAUGCAUGGCAAUGUGGCUGGUGGGAAGGCAACGGCACGGACGGCGAGCUCGGAGGCAGCCCGCCGAGAGAGCACACGGGCGACGUGAAGGAAUGCGGGGAACACGUGCGGCGACGUCAUGAUAACGUUGCGCCGGGAUCCGUUCCUGGAGAUAAGAUCACCGCUGCAGCGCCCACAAACACGGGCCACACGCUGCCACAGGCCACGGACUUCGGCGCGGCCAGCACGGCGCGUCGAGCCGGCCCUGCGACACAGAGGCCGGAGGAUCUGCACUCACCGGGCACCAACGCUUACCUUCGUGCGGAGGACUCAACGCUGCAGCGCGCACAGGAGGUGAGUGUGUGAGACAAUGCGGAUUGGAGUGUUGACAAUACACAGGUGGGGUAUGUACAACCACGGUCAUUAGCAGUAGCUCUCCCCUCUCCCCUCUCCUUCCGUCCAUCGGAUUACACCUCCUACAGUGCGCGUGAAUAUACGUGGGGCGAAUAAUAUAUGGGCCGGCGCCCGACUUGCAGUACGCUGCGGCGGUGGUCGUGGUGUUGAUACAAGAUGCUGCGGGAUCGAGUGCGGAUGAUAACAUGGCGAGAUCGACGACAGGCGACAAAUAUUAUGGUAUGACACAGUCCUGGGGACGCGUCGCGUCAGGGUGGCGGC